GUUAGGUUAUAAGAUAAUUUGAUAAUUAACAUUUUGUUUUGUUAAAAAUUACAUUAAUUACUGUCAUGUGUAUUUAUAUUUACGUAGCUCAGGCGUAAUUUUACGCGCGCUCAGUAUUUACGAUAUUAUGAGUGACCUCCAUCACCUCUACUGAUAAGUAGAGAAUUUUUUCUCGGUUAUUUUAACCUUGCGCGAUCGUUCGUUAAGUAAUAAGCUUCCCCAAUAUCCCAUUUUUUUAUCGGCCGAAUUUGGAAAAAACUUAAGGUAAAAUGGGUGAUAAGGAGCCUAAACGAAUUCCUAACUAUGUAAAAUUUGCGUUCGGCGGUGCCUCUGGUAUGAUGGCCACAGUGUUUGUUCAGCCCUUGGAUUUAAUUAAAAACCGAUUACAAUUGAGCGGCCAAGCUAGCCAAUCGGCUGAGCCCAAAACCAGUAUGCAGGUCGUAAGGUCCAUUAUUAAAAAUGAAGGGAUAAGGACUAUUUACACUGGCCUCUCGGCUGGUCUUCUGAGGCAGGCCACAUACACCACCACUCGAUUGGGAAUCUAUACUUGGUUAUUUGAAAGUUUUUCAAAGGAGGGAGUACCACCGAAUUUUCUAACUAAAGCUGCUUUGGGUAUGCUGUCAGGAAUGUGCGGAGCGUUUAUUGGUACUCCGGCAGAAGUUGCCCUAAUAAGAAUGACUGCAGACGGCAGAUUACCACUCGCAGAACGAAGAAACUACAAAAACGUAUUUAAUGCUCUCUUAAGAAUAUAUAGGGAAGAAGGUCUUUUAACGUUGUGGCGAGGUGCGGUGCCCACCAUGGGCAGAGCGAUGGUAGUAAAUGGAGCCCAGUUGGCCAGUUAUUCGCAGGCCAAACAGUCCCUGGUUAAUACCGGUUACUUCCAGGAGGGUAUUUUGUUACAUUUUAUGGCAUCUAUGAUUUCUGGUUUGGUCACCACUGCCGCCAGUAUGCCCGUCGAUAUUGCCAAAACCCGGAUCCAAAAUAUGAAAAAUAUCGAUGGCAAACCGGAAUUCAAGGGACCGCUGGACGUCUUGGGCAAAAUAGUGAAGAACGAGGGCGUAUUUGCUUUAUGGAAGGGCUUCUUCCCUUACUACUUCCGUUUGGGGCCACACACCGUGAUAACUUUUAUAUUUUUGGAGCAAAUGAAUGGGGCUUAUAAUAAGUAUAUUUUGAAGCAAGAGGGGGUGGGAGCGCUUUAACGAAAGCUCUUGUCUAGGGAAUCUUGUUUAAUGAUCUGUGUGACGAUUUUUGACUCGUUUGUGCAGGUUAAAAAGAGCCGCAGAAAAAAUUAUUUUCAGUUGUAGGUAGAGGAAUUUUUAUUUACACACCAAUACAUUGCAUUGCUUUAAAUCUAUUCCAUAUGUCUGAUAUAUACGUAAUUUUUUUUGUUUUACACGGAAUAAUAAUAAAAAUGUAAUUUGUUCUUUAUUGAUAUAAUAUAUAUAUUAUUUUUCUUA